AUGUCGAAUAGUAGUCAAUUUCUUAUUCCAAUUAAUUACGAUAUUACAAAAGAAGUUUAUCCUAAUGAAGAAGUUGUUCGUAAACGAAAAUAUCAUAUGAAUGGAGUCUUAUCAGCCAAAGAAUAUCAUCAAUUAUAUAUCAAACCAUUGACUAGUGAAACAAAUUUUCCAUCGGAAGUCUAUGCUGACAAACUACGACGACGAGCUAAAUUCCGUUAA